CAGGCGGGCGCAGGUGCCGGCAGCGCGGAGCCGGAGCGGGCAGGAUGGUUCCCAUCGUCCUGGAGGUGACCUGCAGCUUUGUCACCUGGCUGUGUCUCUACAGCUGCUUCUGCCGCUGGAACAGGCGGCGUUCCUACAAGUGGAGCUGUCGCCUGGUCACCCUCCUGCACGGGCUCCUUGUCACCUUCCUCUCUGGCUAUGUCAUGUUCCUGGAUGGCCCCUGGCCUCUGACCCACGCAGGUUCACCAAACACCCCUCUCCAGAUCCACGUGCUGUCCCUGACCUUGGGCUACUUCAUCUUUGACCUGGGCUGGUGCCUGUACUUCCAGACCGAGGGGGACCUGAUGCUGCUCCACCACACCCUGAGCAUCUGUGGCAUGAUCCUGGUGCUGGGGCUGGGCAAAUCAGCCACGGAGGUGAACGCUGUGGUGUUUGUCAGUGAAAUCACCAACCCCCUGCUCCAGACCCGCUGGUUCCUGCGGGAAAUGGGCUCUUACCACACUUCCCUGGGAAAAGUGGUGGAUUUCCUCUUCGUGCUCCUCUUCCUGGUGCUGCGGAUCGGGGCAGGAGCGUGGAUCGUGUAUGGGAUGGUGACGUCCCCCGAACCCAACUGGCUCCUCAAGGCUGGGGGCCUGGCCAUGUACGUGGUGUCCUUGGGGUUCAUGGUUGAAAUCUGUCGCUUUGUCAGGAGGAAAAUGUGGGAAAAAUCCCCUUCUCUGGACACAGAUUCUUUCCAGGGGUAGGAGUGCACCUGGGGAAACUUCUUGGCUGCUCAUUAAUGGGUUGUAGAGGACAAUCCCCUGGGUUUGGGGCCUGGAUGCUGGAACUUGUUCCUGUGAAAAGAACUCCUGAAAUGACACGGAAUUGACUUUCUGCUGCUCCUGGAGGAGAUGGAUUGCUGCUAGGAACAUGGAAAAGCUGAGAGAAGAGGGAUUUGAGUGGAAGCCUGAGGAGCCCGACAUGAUUCCCUGACUUGCCCAGCAAUGGUACAGAGCCAAGGAGGCUGGCAAUGCCAGAGCUGAUCAGUCUGCAACCAGUAAUUGCACAGUCUGCAUGUUCUGUCCUCAUUUCCAAUGCAGAGUUAUUUGACAGUGUAGAGAAAAUCAGAUAUGAAAAAUCCCAUUUUCCUGCAAGUGGGACUGGGUAAGGGGCAUGACCUGGCAAAGAUUUCCUGAGCCUCACCUGCUUUAAUAAUCCUGGAUUUGGACAAUGUGCUUGGCUAAAUACUCAAGUAUUUGCUUUGAACAAGACUGAAGUGCUUGCAGGGGUGUAGUGGAGCUGUCCCCUGAGAGUGUGAUGGCACUCAAGGUGAGGCAAUGUUUUACCUCGUUGUUUUUAAUGACACAUUUCCUAUACUCUUUUUUUUUUUUUUUUUUUAAUGCUUCCAUUUGGGCAGGUGCUGAUCUCAGAGCAGAGUGAUUUCUCUGGGACUGACUCAGGCCCUCUCUAACAAGAGUCAGGAAUUAGACUUGUGCCAAUAAACUCCGUGAGCAGGUGUUGGCCUGGACUGGGAUUGCUUAAAAGAAUAAACAGGCUUUUUGUGGGAGAGGGAGGACAGUGAAGAGCCUGCCUGGAUGCUCUUUCUGUUCUGGGGUUGGCUGAAGCCACUCAAGCUGAAUUAAUGGCUAAUAAGUCAAAUAUGUGACUAUUUCCAGGGGUGACAGUAAUGUUUAGGCAGAUCUCGGUGUGACAUCUGCUCCACACCAGCAUGGAACAGUUCUCUUGUUUUCUUUACCUCUCAGAAUCACAUUCUGACAUUUUCCCUGGGGUUUUAAUAUGAAUUUCCCUCUGUCCAAAGCUGCAGUUUAGAUUUAGUCUCCUCCAAAAGCCUCACUGAGAGCUGAGAAGCAAAUGCAGAGGUGAGGGAGGGUAGCAGUGGGGAUGCAGCUCCUCCACUGCCUUUAUCUCACCGAAUUUAGCUCUGUUCAGGGCAGAUAUCAGCCUUUGGCUGGGGCUCCUCAAGGUGUCUGGAGCGAUUAAAAAUAACCUGAAAUAACCUCACUUUGGACACAGCCACUGAAAGCAUUGCAGCUGUGAACCGGGGCAAGUUCCUGGGCCAAUAUUUUUAGGAAAGCAGGAGCCAGAGUGGCCUCCUGAGGUGUGGGCACCUGCCAGGCUCACUGUAUUCUUCCAAAAACUCCUCUGAGUGACGGGACUUCCAAUAAAGUCAUGUUCUCUUUUGAAAAAAGAACCGAUUGCUGUGAUGUUCCUUUGUUCUGGGCCU